AUAUAUAGAGUUGAAAGAGAAUAUUACGAAUAAGCUAACGGAGACUUUUAAAGAUACCCAAAACUUUGAACGCGUGGAAGUGACGGGAUUCAGAACCACCCCCUCCACCAAAGAGCCUUAAUCAUUCCAAGGUCACCGAGAACAGAAUUGACAUUCGUUGGGAAAAACCUGCAGCAAACGACUUUUUUGAAAUAUUUGGUUACAUAGUAAGCCACAAAGAAAAGUCUCAAUUAAAAUACAAGACGCAGGAUAUGACAUCGGGUACAUUUAAUGUUAUAUUAAGUAAAUUGAAAAGUGAUACAUUUUACGACAUCACAGUCCAUGGAUAUAAUAGUGAGGGCAGUGGAGACAAAAUAGAAAUUUCAGUAAAGACAAAAGAAGAGGAUUCGGGUGCAUGUCCACCAAAUGGUCCGGACAUAUGCCCCGGAAAUUCAACAUGUGUAACGUUGACCGAGGGUACAAUAAAAUGCCCUUGCAAUAAAGACUUUUACUUUGACGGUGUUAAAUGCAUAAAAAACGACGUUGUAAAAGUUGAAAUAAUCUUAGAAAGGGAGUUUACCCCAGCGUUGAAGAACGAAAGCUCAGAAGAAUAUAUAGAGUUGAAAGAGAAUAUUACGAAUAAGCUAACGGAGACAUUUAAAGAUACCCCAAACUUUGAACGUGCGGAAGUCACGGGAUUCAGGAACGGAUCUCUCGUAGUAGAAUUUAGGGUUAUUUACCGGAGAGAUCUAGAUACUAAUAAGAAAGUUGUCGUUGGCGAAACAUUGAGAGAGAAAAUUCUUAAGAACAAAAAACUCGGAGAGUACAAAGUUAAAGGCGAUAUAUUUAUAAAAGAACCACCCCCUCCACCAAAGAGCCUUAAUCAUUCCAAGGUCACCAAGAACAGAAUUGACAUUCGUUGGGAAAAACCUACAGCGAACGACUUUUUCAAAAUAUUUGGUUACAUAGUAAGCCACAAAGAAAAGUCUCAAUUAGAAUACAAGACGCAGAAUAUGACAUCGGGUACAUUUAAUGUUAUACUAAGUAAAUUGAAAAGUAAUACAUUUUACGACAUCAAAGUCCAUGGAUAUAAUAAAGAAGGCAGUGGAGACAAAAUAAAAAUUUCAGUAAAGACAAAGGAAGAGGAUUCGUCCAAUGCUGUGGUGGUUAUUAUCAUUGUUAUUAUCGUGGUUGUGCUUCUUAUCAUCGUCGGCAUUUUAGUUUUCUACAAAAUGAGAAAAAGCACAAGACAAAGGCAUCGGGAGGAACCAAUGCGUAUGGGUGAAAUGGGUGAGCCUAAAGAAUUUUACAAUCAUGGACAAAAGGAAGAUGAAAUGUCCAGAGGAGAUAACCCACAGAGUUAAAAUGAAGACAAUAUUGAAAAUGAAAAAAAUUGUGUUAUAGAGGAAUGGUGAUAGUUAUUAACUUCGCUUGAAGACUGGAAUAUAAACUAGUGCACAUAUCAGUAAACUUAUUUCAUUGUAGUUACCUAGCCGUUUUUUUCUUUUUGAAUCGAAUCAUAUAUGACAUAAUUAGAUGUAAUUAUUUAGGGAUAUUAUUGCAUGCAAUAAAGUCUUAAGAUUUUAAAAUGUUUUAGUUUAAGGAAUAUCAUUUUGGGUUAAUAAUAUAACAACCCACGGUUGUAAAAUAACAUAAAAGCAUUUAGGCAUAUUCAGGCCUGUUUCAAAUUUUAUGAUGUGCCACUAAAGAGAUAAGACGCCGAACGUACUUCCCUCUAACAGUGAGCCCCAUGCACUAUAUGAAAAGAGCAUAAUAUAAAUCCAACAAUUUAAAUAAAUACGUGCGUCAUCUCAAAAGCGUGAAAUUCAAAUCGUAGAAGCACCGCAUUUGAAUGAGUGCCCAUAGCCGAUACCGACGUUUGAAACAGGUCUUAACAGCAGUAGCGGCACGACUUUAGAUGAUGCAGAUGCAAAAAUAUUUCAGUGCCCAUGUUAAAAAACAAUCAAUUUCUAAAGAAAUAAAUAGUGAUAGUGAUACUUGCAUUUUCUAUGAUUAUUGUCCAGUUGGCUUCCAUAAUAUGCUACAUCCAAGUCCAAGAUCGAUGUCAAAUUACAUAUUUUUAGCAUUUAUUGCAUCAACUAGUUCCUGUAUGAGGCAUUGUUUUUAGUUCAUG